AAUGCCAAUCUCAUUUUAUUCAAAAUUAAUUUUGCAAAACCACAUUCAUGCCAACAUUCAUUUUGUAAAGCCUUUUUCUUAUGGGUUAGAUCAUUUAACGAAAGUUAAUCUAAAAACUUGCAUCAAUCUAAGUGAAAGCCCAUCAAGGCAGGCCGGCAUAGGCUUAUGGUGGAGUUGGCCGCAGCUGAUUAAUCCAACCCCGUGACACGGCCUUCUUUCGCGCCGUCACACAGUCAACGAGCUAUUAAUACCAAAUCUGGAAAACUAAUAAGUAAUAACUACACAGACAGACACAAAUUAGCUGGCGCAUUUUAGCACCAUUGCUGAUUUCCGUGCUAUCGUGCGCCGCCAAAUAACCUUUCUCACUUCACUCUUUUCUGUCUCUUACUCUCUUCAAUGAAAAGCCACCGCUUCCAUGGGAGCCAGAUCGCUGAAGAAGAGGAGGCACGGUGAACAUCUCGCAGCGCCACAAGCUUCUUCCAUGGCGGCUGCUGCUGCUAAUUCUCCACCGCGCCGCAAUAAGGCUCGUCGCCCUUACGCCACCGUCUCCGUGCUUCUCUCGGGGGUUCUCUUUGUUUCCGUCGCGGCUCUCUUGUUCAUUUCGUCGAACAAGUGGCGCGCAUUCGGAAAUUAUGUUUCCUAUGAGAUGGUCAACGUGGUCAACGAGUUCCCUCACGACCCAGAAGCCUUCACCCAGGGCCUUCUUUAUGCUGGAAAUGACACCUUAUUUGAAUCUACUGGUCUAUAUGGCAGGUCAUCUGUCCGAAGAGUUGCUCUUCAUACAGGCAAGGUGGAGGAGCUUCAGAGGAUGGGUGAUUCUUUAUUUGGAGAAGGUUUAACUCUACUUGAUAAAAGGCUGUUCCAAGUAACUUGGCUGCAGAAAGUUGGUUUCAUAUAUGACCAGAAAACUUUGGGCGAAUUAGGGACAUUCAAUCAUGAGAUGAAAGAUGGUUGGGGUCUGGCGACUGAUGGAAAAGUCCUCUUUGGAAGUGAUGGCAGUUCAACAUUGUAUCAACUUGACCCUCGAACAUUUAAAGCUUUAUCAAAGCAUACUAUCUACUAUAAGGAUCAGCAAGUGUAUAAUCUCAAUGAAUUGGAAUAUAUAGAUGGUGAAGUUUGGGCGAAUGUUUUUACAACCGACUGUAUUGUAAGAAUCUCUCCGAAUGAUGGCCGUGUUCUUGGAUGGAUUCUCCUCCCAAAUUUAAGGAAAGGACUAAUUGAUGCCGGGUAUACCGCUAUUGAUGUUUUGAAUGGGAUAGCAUGGGAUCGUCAGCAGAAAAGAAUUUUUGUGACUGGAAAAUUGUGGCCAAAGCUGUAUGAAAUCAAGGUUGUUCCUAUAAAUAAACCCAUUGAUGAAGGGAUCAUUGAGCAGCUUUGCUUGCGUCAGCCAUUCAAAUUUACAUAAUGUUACCUCUUUGGAUGUUGGGGUUUUUCUUUAUUUGCAAAUAUACUUUGGGAGGGGAUAUAAUAUAAUAUCCAUUCUUUUGUAUAUGGUUGGGAUAAGGUUGUAAGUAACAUGUGAAAAAUGCUAUCUAUUAUGUUACAAAAUUAACGUUAUUCAUAUAUGUUAACGUACUUUAGUUGUUUAAUAUAUAAUUUGUAGUGCAGAAAGUCUUGUAUAUUGAAAACAAUUUUCUUAAACUUAUAUUACAUUUUGAUUAAUUUUUU